CUGAAUCUUACGUUUGCUUUCAUCCCAUUUAAAUUGCGCUGUGGCCCAGUGUGCUUUCUUUCUGUUGCAUGCAAACGGAGACGCAACCAUCUGGAUUUAGUCAAAACCUGAUGAUUACAAUUGUACAAAGGUAUUGUAAGAAAUAAUCUCCUAAUCAAGCAUCAUUUAUCCAAUGUCUCUCAUGUAAGUAAACUCUCCUGUUUUAUAAUGAAGAUAACUCCAGUAUGAUUGAUAUAUUUAUGAAGCAGCUCUCCUCUGACACCAGCAGUUCACAUAUAGUUCAGAUAUUUAUUUUCUUCACAGUAUUGUAUUUUACAUCUAUGAACAAUAACUUUUCCAUCUGCCUUUUUAAAAUAAAAAAAACGACAAGGUAUUAUUCAUGUACUCAUACCUGCCUUUGUUUAGGUUAUGAAUUAGAAUUUGCUAGCCAAGUAAAGAUAGAGCAUGUUAUACAUAGGCUGCAUUUGUAAAUUAUUAUUAUCAUGUAUGUGUAAUUCUUUUGUUGAUCACCAAGUGGAAGUGGGUUCCCCCCAUCAUUUUACUUGCCUCUCCCUACAAGGGCGUUCUCGUACCUGGAAACUAACUUGAAUGUGAUUGGUGGAGGCGCGCCUCGCACCUGUGACUGCUGUUCGUGAGACAGACAGGCUGUAGACCGCACUUCGCGUGAGCACGAGGCACGAUCAGUGACUGAGGAUUUAUAUGACAGCUGCGUUUCAAUAGCACGAUCCGAGUGGCUAACAGCAGGACACUUCCUCCUUCCACCAUCUUGGACUUACAGAUGGAGGGAGUGCUGAUUUUAAAAUCUGCCUCUCCUCCCAACUUUUCCUCCCAAGACUCUUCUCCUCUUUCACCGGAUUCUCAGGAAGAUUCAGAUCUGGAGUCAUCUUCUCCUGCGCCUCCCCCCAUGUGUGUUACUGCUGCACCAGCACCACCACCACCAGCACCACCUCCUCCUCCUCCUCCUCCACCACCCCUUCCUCCCCCUCCUUUUUCUCGUACCGGCCACCGGCGUUCCAUGAAAAAGCUGAACUGGGACACCAUUCCCAGCCAGCGUGUCCUUGGCAAAUUGAAUGUCUGGACGUCUAAACGACCUCAGAGGGAUCUGGUGCUGGAUAUCCCGAGCAUGGAGGAGUUGUUCAGUCAUGUCGACAAACGGGCCUCGCUGCCCAACUUGAGGAUCGUGGGUCUGAAGACCUUUGAUGGCAUGGACCUCUUUCCAAAGGAGCCUCAGGUCACUAUCCUUGACUCUAAAAAGAGUAUGAAUAUUGGGAUCUUCCUGAGACAUUUCAAGAGGCCAGUGACAGAAAUGGUGCAGGAUAUUUGUAAAGGGAACUGGCUGAGAUUUGGGACAGGAAAGCUAAAAGAGCUUUGUAAACUACUGCCAGAAGAAAGUGAGGUGAAGCAGCUGCUGUCAUUCAGUGGGAACCUCUCCGUGUUACCUGAGGCUGACCAGUUCAUGGUGCAGCUGGUCAAAGUGCCGGGCUAUGAGGAACGCCUGAAAACAAUGGUGCUGAGGGAGGAAUUCUUUCCUCUUAUGGAGGACGUGAAGAACUCUUUUGCUGUCAUGACCAAAGCAGCUAAUGAGCUGUUGGAGUGUGAUGACCUCCACUCGGUCAUUCGACUGGUAUUAAAAGCCGGGAAUUACAUGAACGCGGGUGGUUACAGUGCCAGUGCCAAUGCAAUUGGCUUCAGGAUGACUUCUCUGCUCAAGCUGGCAGACACCAAGGCCAACAAGCCUGGCAUGAACCUCAUGCACUAUGUUGCCAAGCAAGCGGAGGACAUCGAUGCCGAGUUGCUGACGUUUCACACCCAGCUUGAACACAUUGGGUUGGGCUCCAGAGUUUGCAAAGAGGAGGUCAUCGCAGACUUUGAGAGGGAAGUCAAGAAAGUCAAGGAAGUGAAGUUGUACAGCAGCAGACAGCCUGGCCUCAUACAACAAAUGGAGACAUUUCUCGUGAGGGCUGAGGCCAAGCUGGCCGAUCUGGAGACCUCUCUCCGGGAGCUAAAGGCUCUGAACAACGCUGUCGCGGAGUACUUCUGUGAAGACCCAGCAACCUUCAAACUGGAGGAGUGCUGCUCCAUCUUUCAUUCGUUUUGCAAGCGGUUUGACACAGCUGUCCGGGACAACCGAGAGCGAGAGGCAGCCGAGCAGAGGCGCAAGCAGAAGGAGAGUGUGCGAAUUGUAGCCAAACGCCGCUCCACAGUGUCUUGCCUGGGACCUGAGCGUGAUCAGGACUCCUUGUGCUUGGAGUCGGCCUUGCACAGCUUUCUCGCCAACGUUCCAGACGGAAUAGUCAGAUGCAGGAAGAACAUACUGCCCACAAUCGAAGGAUCCCCGUCUGAGUGCAGCUCGCCCAAUGUUCGAUCUGUAGCAAAAACUGAGGCUGCGCCGCGCACAAGACAAGAGAGACCUGAGAAAAAACAACCCAAAUUCCAGGAGGAGGACGGGAUCAUGGCGGAACUAAAAAACAAAGAAGAAGCUCAAAAGAUGCGUGAGAUAACUCGGAAGGUGCUUCGCUACCAAAACGGCGAAAGCAGCCUCGAUGAGGACAGAGUUUCAGGCACUCCUCCUCAGUCGGAGAGCACAAGAGACACACCAGCUACCCCAAGUACCCCUCAGCCUAGAACCAGAGACUUCUUCUUUUCCGACAUUGAGGGUGUGGGCUCCCCAUGGACUAUCCUGAGUCCCUUUACUUGCACCCAAAGAAACGGCUCCCACCGAGACAGACAAUCGCACCAACGCAGACUAUCCUCAGCUUCAGGUGGAGAUGACCUUGAUGAUGGAGUCUGGGAGAGUGAUGAAGGCAAUUACCUCCCCUAUUUCUCCAAUCAGGAAAAUGGGGGUUCUACAUCUGCGGGUUCUACAUCUCUUCCUGAGUGCCCCAUUCCGAGAACUGUGUCGAAGGGUCCAAUGCUCAGGGCCGUUUCCAUGGAUGAAACCAGGCGAUCUCCAGGAUCUGGUUUCCGGCUGGGAGACUUGUUCCAGAGAAGCAUGUCUCAAAGGUCAUCGUACUCCUCUGGAUCAAGGACAGAAAACGUGAGAGAAGAAGAAGCAGCAGGAGUCAGGAGAUCAUUGCUUGGUAGGAAGGCAGGGAAUCAUGUAGAGGAUCAAGGAAGCACCUCUGGGUUCAUAUCCUUCUUCAGACACAUUGGAAGCAGAAGUAAGCCUGUUGACGUGGAAGAACAACCACGCUUCAAAGGAUCUAAUACUUGAUUCAUACGUUGAUUUUAUUUAGAGACAAAGGCCAAGCGUUGCCUUUUUUUGUGUUUUAGAUAAAGUUAAAUAUGUUUGUCUUUUUUAAUUGUUAUGGAUUUACCCUUCAGUGGACCCAAGGCAAUUGAGGACUUGCUUUGAACUGUGAAGGUUUUGAUGUUGUGUGAGUCAAACCACAUUCAAAAAUCGUAUUUCUUUGUCUUUUUGUGUGCAAUAAAUAAUUCAUUCUACCUU